AGGUGGUGAUCGAAUCCGCGCACAGAGAAAUAUUUCUUCGGGGAUAAUUCGAUUCGCUCGCUCCUGUUUCUUUGUGUUACGUUUCAAAGGAUCAUGAACAACUCGCCGCAGAAUACGGAGGUGGCCGGGCAACAACACCGUGCCGGCGUUGAGAACAGCGACGAGGAGGAAUGGAGUGGUGUCGUGGAAUGUGUAAUGUUAUUACAUCGACUCGUGUAUCGAAAGAAUGAUUUUUAUUUGCUGAAACAGCCUUCCUCGAGCAGUUUCUUGUUGCCCAUUUCGAGUUGUUUUUCGUGGUCAAGGAAAUUCUGUGGAUUGCACAACGCUGUGCUAGAAAGAUCAAAGUCAGAUCGAGUAACACGAGCGGAUGAAGACAGACGUCGUCGUACCAUUAUCGUUGAGAAGAAAAAUGGCACAUACGGUUUCACGUUACAGAGUUACGGGAUACAUUACAAGCGAGAGCAGGAAAUCGAGAUGGUCACGUAUGUUGAUUACGUGGAAUACGAUGGACCAGCGUUCAAAGCAGGUAUGCGAGAGGGUGACGUGAUACUUUCGAUAAACGGCCACGAAAUGGACAGAGCGGAUCAUAAGACAUUAGUCAAUUUCAUAAAAAACUGUGAUACUAGAAUGCGAAUGGUUGUAUCUUUUGAAGAUUGUGUAAGAAAAGUGGAAUUGCAUAUGCGUUAUAUUGAACUACAACGUGCUCUACAAUCACGCCUUGGUGAGCUAGAAAGACUCUGUGAGAGGGAACGAUCUAUUCUCAUGGGUCGAUGGAAAACCCAUUCACUGCCAGCCCGUAAAAGAACGCCUAAUAGUGUAAUUACUAGUAACGCUAAUCAACCAUCACCAUCGUCAAGUUUCAAUUCUUCUACAAUUCAAUGCUGUCGACCGGCUACAUCUACGGAACAUCUGUUAUUUUACAAUGUGUUUCCAGAUGGACGACCAUGUCUAGUUCCUCGAAACACCGCUUGCCUAGUAACGGUAGGGCCUCCCCGUUCACGAAGCGAUCAUCAUCAUUUUCUCUCGAAGAUGUCGAGCGAAUCAGGAAUGACUGUUUCGUCACGACAUAGUUAUCAUCAAGCAAACGGAAUGAAUAGCACACCGGCCAAAUCGAAAUCGCACAAAUCUUGUCAACAACAGCAACAACAAUCUAGUAGUGGUGAAAAUCCACUUCCUCUUCACCCUCCUCCGCAAAAUAGUUUAUGCGUUGCUUGUAUUUCAAGUGCCAGUCGUCGUAGAGAACAAUCAGAUAGCGGCAGUUUAGACGCAUACGAUUUAGCCAGUCCAUGCUGUGAUCCUAAUUGUGUACCUAGUCGUAGACGUCGAGAAAAACAAAGAAGAGCGAAGAAUGAACAAAAUCAUCAUCAGCAACAGCAGCAGCAACAACAACAACAGCAGCAGCAGCAGCAGCAGCAACAACAACAACAGCAGCAACAGCAACAAGUCCAGCAUCAUCAUGUACAAUCGAACCAGACACAACAGCAACAACCACAUGGUACACAUAACUGCUCGCGCACAUCAGGACAUAGUUUACAUUCUGUUACCAGCAGCGAUAUUUCGACCGCAGCUGAAAGCGUAGCCUCUUGCUCAACGAGCCUAAGCACGGAUACUCUCUAUUGGGAUCCAAAUGUACAUCAACGACCACCACCGUGCCUUCAGUAUGCCAAACCAAAAUCCUGGGACAAUCUGACUACCAAGGCGUUCGGUGGUUACGGUUUCGGAUAUGGUUAUUUGGAUACGGCUACUAUAAAAACGCAUAGCGCCGAAAGACCAGGAAAGAAUGCGCAUGGACGAGCGAAAACGCCAACUGGUACUGUUCAAAGACGAACAAGUAGUGGUACUACAUAUUCGGGCAGUUCUAGCAGACACUUUCAGCCAACUAAAUCUACCGAAAGUUUGUUAAUACCGCCACCAUAUCAAGGCGAGUUAGAUGCCAGUUUGAGUUGUGAAUGUUUAGAUGGGCCAGCUCCACGAUGUAUGCCGGUUAUUCAAGUGGAGAAACACAAUCGACAAGAGGAAGGUGGAUAUAUUAUUAGUACGCACGCUCAAAUUCGACAUCGUCGAUCUAGCCAUUCGGAUGGGAAAUUAAGGGCACUAAAUAAUUCUGAAAUGACGCGUCUGUAAAUCAUUCUUUUCAUUGAAAAUUGUAUUCUAAUAAAGAUACUCAUAUAAUUAUUAUAUGUAUCAAGUUCUGAAUAACGACGACGUAUUUAACGUAUAUCGUAUAUCGGACUUGUUCGCAUUUAAAUCUUUAUAUUCAGCUUUAUAUCGUGACAUUAUUAUAUUCUCAUCGAACGAUAAAGGAACGGACCAUCGUUUUUGAAACUUUUUGGGACAUAUACGAUUCGUUAUGAUUUUGGUUAACUAAAUUAUCAUUUGACCAACGAAUGGUUUUCUACUAAUAUUUCCGGACAAUAUGAUAAAGGAUAAUAGAUAUGUAAAUGUUCAUGGCGCUUUUUAAAUCUUUUUUAAAUUUUUAUCGAUAGUUGAUUAUAUGAUUGGUUAAAAACAGUUGUAAACUGUGAAAAACGUUAAUAGUAUUAUUAUCGUUAUCACGAAAUUAAUAAAUUAUCAAAGCAUAUUAUUUCGAA